GCUGUUGAUUGUGCGCCGAGAUCGUUUUCAGAUCGUUGAUCGCGUGCGUGCGACGAUCGGUGGCGAUCGGCGGUGCGCGUCGUUGUCGUGUCCAUCGAAGAAGGAAGCGGUCAGAGGAAGUCACUACCACGGGAUCGAGCGACAUGGGUGGCGGGAAUGAUAAUGGGCAGACGAGCGGAGACCGAUGCGAAGGUGGACGCCACUAUUAGCGAGCUGACAGUGCUCAUCGUACCGGACAGGGAAGCGGAGGCGCAGGUAGAGAACUUAUGCGACGAGAGGUGCGCGACGACGAAGAGGACGACGACGACGAUGGAGUCGCGGCACACGCGCAGGGCACGGCUACGUAGCAUUGUCGCGGUAUGCCUGUGUCUGGCGCUCACCGGAAUCGUCUACCUGGGCUACUUCUGUCCGGAUCACGUGUGCGCCCUGACCAGCCGCGAGAUCAAGGAGUCCGUGAGGGUGUCCGAGGGUCUUGCCGGACCUCUAGCCGCAGCACUGUCUUCCGUUUCGGUCGAACUCGACAAGAACGGCCUGCUCUCGGUGCAUCCUGCCUUCAAGCUGCAGAGCAUCCAGGGUAGUCUGGGUUACGAUGACAUUUUCGCCAACGACACCUUCCAGUUUGACAUCAACGCUCACGACGUCAUGGUUUUCUUGCACAUACAGAAGACUGGUGGGACGCUGUUCGGGAAGCAUCUGGUUCGGGACCUGGACUUGCAAAGACCGUGUUCGUGUCAACGACGACGCAAACGUUGCUUCUGUUUCCGUCCAAAUCGUAAUGAAAAUUGGCUAUUCUCGCGGUACUCGACUGGCUGGAAGUGCGGUCUGCACGCAGACUGGACCGAAUUAACGAGUUGCGUGGACACCGAGCUGAACAAAAUCGAAGGUGACGGUAUCAAGCGCCGUUACUUUUACAUAACUAUCAUAAGGGAUCCCGUCGCGAGAUAUCUCUCCGAGUUCAAGCACGUGCAAAGAGGCGCUACGUGGAGAGGUGCUCGUCACUGGUGCGGCGGUACUCAGGCGAAUCUGCCUCAGUGUUACAACGGUCCCAGUUGGCAAGGCGUCACCUUGGAACAAUUUAUGGCGUGCCCUUAUAAUCUGGCGAGCAAUCGUCAGACCAGAAUGUUGGCGGAUUUAUCGAUAGUUGGCUGUUACAACUCCACUCUGAGCAGUGCCGAUAGAGAUCGUUUAAUGCUGGCCAGUGCCAAGCACAAUUUGCAAUACAUGCCUUUCUUCAUGUUGACUGAAUAUCAGAAGGUGGGGCAAUACACGUUCGAAGAAACGUUCGGGAUGCGAUUUGCGAUUGCCUUCGAGCAACACAACGCGACACUCAGCGCGGUUACGAUGGCGACUCUUAGCCCGGAACAAUUGGAGGCUGUACGCAGGCUCAACAAUCUGGACCUCGAGCUCUACGAGUUCGCGAAGAAUCUCGCCUUUCAGCGGUUUAAACGGCUUAGAGAUCGUGAUCCAUAUUUCGUACAACGAUUUCAACACCUCGGUGAACUGCCGUCGAGACAGAGCGCCACAGAGUUCAAUUGGGAUUCCGUAAUUGAGGAUACCACGGAUAACGAUUAACGAGUGUGAGUAACACACAUUAUUAAAAAACAAAAAUAAUUAAAUUCUAUUGAAACUCUCAACUCGUUCGACGCCAAACAAAAACAACAUUCUGGAUUUCAAGCAUCCUCAAGGAAGUGCCCCAUUUUAAAUGCUUUGAAUCGCUACGCAGCUAUUUGUGCAAAGUGUAAAACGCAAGUAUACCAGAUGUGUAUACUUGAAUAAGACCAAAGAAAAACUCCGAGGACGGUAUGUCCAAGUAUACUAGGAAUGACGUAUAGAAUUCCGUCAACAAAGUUAAAACUCGCUAUGCGCGCAAUAGUCACAGAAAAAUGACUCGUGAAAAUAAUCUCAAGGUUCUUCCAUAAACAGCUAACAUUCUUUAACAAGUAUCUUUGUUUAUAAUUAUACAAACAGUCGCGUUUUUACACAAUCGCUAAGUUUUUAUAAUACACAUCACUCUAAAUCAUAAACGUCAUAAUCGCCAACUUAUGAGUUUCGGAUUAAAUACGUACGUUUAAGUCGCUUAGAUGAUUUUAUUUAUAAUAUAUUCUUGUGUAUAGAUCAUUUAUAUAAACGUUCAUUUUUUUUUUUUCAUUCAUAAUCAAAUUCGCAGCACAUGGUGAUCUAAUUCUAUUCGCAUAUAUCUCAAUUCAAUGUGUACGAGGGGUGAUCAAACGGUUCCCGUAAUAGGGAGUCUGAGUUUCUAAGCGUAAUCACGCAGCAUCAAAUUUUACUAGUUUAAAAUUUGAAACGAGUCCACAAUUCUUCGCUUCUUCUUCUCACAAAUGUAUAAUAAGUAAAAGAGUAAGUUUUUUUUCCGUUUUAAUGAGCAUCGCGCCGUGUUCGACGCGCUAUAAUUCAUGACGACACGUGGGUUACACUUCCUGUAUGUGUGACGACGUCGCACGAUGUCUAGUUUCCGUCUGAGAGAAUUAAUUCCCAAGGACCUUUUUGAUCGCCCUCUUGUAUAUCAUAAUAUAUCGCGUGUAUUAUACGAGGGAAUACAGUAAAAACAUUUACGUAAUAUCUAAAAGUUUCAAGAUAAAAUUAAAAUAUUCUCGUUUUUUUCGCUGUAUUUACGAAGGCUCGUUUAAAAAAGUUCUAAUAUUAUCGCGAAGUUACUGUCUCUUAAAAAAAAAAACAAACUUAUAAAUGUGGUUAAUAAAAUCUAACUUUUCGUGAGUUAACGUUAGUAGGAUCUAAGUAAGUUUGAUUAAUAUUGCAAAUUAGAAGUUAUUCUCUUAAAUGUGAUGUGAAUGUAUUUGGGCUCACAGAGAAAUAAGCACAGAUUUUUCCCAGGGUCAGUCGUAAAACACAAAUUCGAACUGCGGUUCGGAAGAAUUAUUAAAUAAUAAUUCUAGUAUCGAUUAAUCUUUAUUUUUUAUAUAUCUGUUUGAGAUAUUUUGAAUUUUUACGGUAAUAUCCCGGAUAUAUAAAAUAACACUAAAAAAAAUGCCAUUAAACUGUUGUUGCACAAAAUAUUUUAGCGGUAUACGGAGAGAAGUUGUUUUCGAUUACAAAGAGAGUAAGAAGAAAACGCGUGCGAUCUCAAAAAUUAGCGAUACUAUUAUUUCUAAUAAAAAUUUUAAAAAACUGAGAGAAAUCACGAUAAUAGUAUCGACGAUAAGAUGACGUUCAGUAGAUUUUGUACGCAUUAUACAGUUUUUUGUAUUAUUGUAGCACUUUAAACAAAGUGAAAACGCGUUUCUCAGAAUUACUUUGUGCCGGUAUAGCAGCACAUUACAAACUAAGCAAAAAGAAAAAACUCCGCGUAGAUUCCGAAUUAUUUUGUAAAUAUAUUUCAAAGUAUACAAACAUAUAUUUUUUAU